AUGGAGGCCAAACUACAAGAAACCUUCCACAAGGAACCAAGCCGCGCAGUGCAGCAGGUGCAGUGGAGUGGUUGGCACAAAACCUUCGGGUCAUCCCGAAUCCAUUCAUCCGACAAUCUCCAGGGGCAACCAUGCGCGCCGUGCGCCUGGCGCGCGAGGCAGGCGGCGUCGUCAAUCAUUGAGCCGUCGUGCCAGAAUUAUCCCAGGACCACGUCCGCGACGGCUCCAGAUAUUCGCGGUGCUGCGACAGUCGUUCGGGCCCGUGGUGCCGCCAGGGCCGCAGCCGACCGAGAGGAGGGCACAGAUGACACGACCCAAGCCAUCCGAACUUAA